ACUCCCAGUGAGAGCAGCUGCUCUCAGAGUUAAUCGUUGGGAUUUUACCCAGACCGAAUAAGUUCUGGGUAAUUAAUGGAGAAGAAGAGAAUAUUUUUGGAUAUUUUUGAAUGCUUUGCCAUAAUUCUUAUACGUGCUUGUGACAAAGCUUUUGGGCUCUCUUUAACUGUGGGCAGCCUGCAAAUCCCAGUGUGGCUGAGAUGCCCAGAGCAGGACAAAGCCCCCGGGAAACAGAGGCGAUGAAAGGAGAAUUGAGCUAUGCAGAGCAGGGUUGCUCUGGCCAUCAAUAUUGAAAGGAAACCCCCUUAGACAUCAUUAAUCAAGGUUUCCCCCAUUACCUCAUGCAAGAAAGUAUUGAAGGAGUCUUUGUUCUUCUGCAUCCAGGGUGGUUCCUGCAUCCGUGGUGCGUUUUGCAUCUGCAGAGGGAGAACCAUGGCAGUGAAUAGCCGGCAGCAUCCCCUGGAGAUUCCCCCGCCAUCUGCAAAGGACUGGCCGAAGGAAGAGGAGGAAAAUUUCUUCCUGCUGGAUCCCGAUCGAAAGCGUGAUGUGCUGCCACAGCCCUUCAGGAUGAUCCACAAACUGGUGAUGCAGGUUUUUGAGAGUGCUGUGGAAAUCAUUGAAGAAAGGGAGAUGCUCCGAGAAGCACAAAAACGAAAGGUGCAGCCCACAAAAUGCUUUCCUACAGCUGAAUUCCAGGAGGACAUCAGCCUGCGAAGCCUUUGUGUGGAGGUGGUGCUGUCCCGAGGAGGUGAUUAUGCAGGAAUCCUGCUGCAAGACAGCACAGAAGCUUGGCUGGAGAUCUACCAAUUGCCUAAGGACUCCUGGCUGACAGAGAUGGAAGAGAACUCAAGAGCUGCAGAGGAGCUGGCUGGCAGUGAGAGGAGGUCAAGCUCCUCACCUGUGGAGCUUCCUGUGCCUGCAAUCCAAGCUAGAUUGGAUAUAAAGCUGGAUCCCCCAGAGCUGCUGCUGACAGUGAGGCCACCCAAACCCAUUACAGGCACCAGUUUUAAGGGCCCUUUGGAUGCCUUGAAGGAAGUGGGUGAUGGCAGCACGUUUGGCUUGGGGUACAACCACCUAAUCAAGGAUUCCCAGUGGGAGCUGCAGGAUGCAAUCUUCUGUAGCACCUACCAGGAGUAUCUGGAGGCUGAGGGAGUGACCAAGGAGGAGAUGCCCAGAUAUGCUACCUUUCAUUUCCUCCUUCCUAGCCGGAUCCUGAUGGCACCAGAAAUGGAAGUAGAGCCAGAUAUUCCAGUUGGCAUUGGAGUGCAUUGGUAUGGAAACCACAAUUUCUGCUUGUACUUACUCAACCCUUCCCUCAAGGACAAAGCAGGCUCUGAUCUGAAGCCUGAUCUUGUGUGGCCAUGUGCAGCUCCAAUUGCAUGCUCAGCUGUCAGUUCCUGCUCCAGGUACCUGGCACUGGCAGGUGAAGAUGCAACAAUAACUAUUUGGGAUAAGCACCUAGGAUACCCACUGUCUGUGACUGCCAUUCUAGAGGAACGCUUCAUCCGUAGCAUCCACUUUCUGUAUGCUUCUUCAGCUGUCAAUGAUGAGACAUGUGGUGCAGAUCCUGUCUAUUGUGGUGCAGACCCUGUCUGUGCCAUCGUACAGCUCCUAGUGCUGUGUACAGACAGCUCUUUCUAUUUGGUGAGAGCACCCAAGGCUGGCAAGUCCAGCAUCACACUCCUGGCAGACAGGCCUGAAAAUCCAAAUCUUACAGUCAGUGCAGUGAUGCCUGUCCUGGCCUUCCCCAGUGCAGUCCUGAUCUUCUGCUGGGAUGGCACAGUGUCCCUGAUGAACACUGACACAUCCCAGACUGUUUACUGCUUCUGCACCCCACCUUCUCAUGCUGUGGCCCCUGCCUGGCAGCCAGUGUUCACAGUGGAUAGUGCCAACAGCUGCUUGCUGCUCCGAGGAGAUGAGCACCAGCACGUAGAUGAAUUUUUCCAGAGCAAAGCCACUCACAGCACCAUCUUCGUUUACGACUUCAAGUCCUACCCACUGAAGGAGGCUAUCCCAAAGAAACCAGAUUUGCAUUUCAAACCCAUGCAGGAGCUGCAGUGGACUGAGAGAUGUAACAUUUAUUUACGUGAUAGGUUUCGCUUUCUGCCCGAGAGGCAGGAGGUACUGCUGGAAAUGGAGAAGCAGAAGUACUGGGAUUGUCUGCAGGAACGGGCAGCUGCCAUGGACAAGGAGAGAGAGAAAAUGAAGGGAGAGAAGAAGCAGUAGCCAGCCUUGGAUCCUGAGGGCCAGGCCCAUGAUCCAGCACUGACAUUUUCAUAGACACUAUUGUGAUCAUCUCUCUCCCAGAGAUCUGGAGCAUCAGAGCAAUCUGGUAUGUCACAAUAAUAGGGUGCACCUUAAUAAAGCCUUUCCUCCAUUAAAAGUCUCUUGCUCUUCACAGCA